AUGACCUUCGGAUCCAACAAUCCAUUCAGUCCUCCUGCCUACUCUACCACCACUCAACCACUCACCUACUCCCACGACAUCAAACAGCCCGUCAGCAGCCACACCCACCUCUCCCCAUAUCCCGACCACGAAUACUCCGAGACUAUGCGCGCGCAAUCCCCCAUCCCACACGGCACGCCCCGCCGCCUCAGCAACGAGUCCUCCCCGGCUCAAUCCCUUUAUUCCGACAACGCCACCCUGGUGGACACGCCCACUAACUCCGCCAUCAAAGUCCUCGACUGCUACCACACCAAGUCCCACAUCAACAUUCGCGUAUACGACAAAACCAACCCCAACGACUGCCUGUAUUACGUAGAUAACUCCGCUUUCACCCCCUCGAGACCAGACGUCCUAAUCUUCGCCGGCCCCGACAAGCAAGGCUACCCCAUCAUCGCCGCCGCGAAAUGGUCCAGCAUGUACAGCAAACACACCUCCGUCGCCAUCGGCGACACCGGCCUCAAGGGCGAGAACCCCAACGUAUCCUGGUUGACCGUCUCCUCGACAUCAACCUGGAAGCAGAACGAACAUCACUGGAGACUCCCCUCUGACCCCAAGGCGCGAGAGUAUGCGUGGAAGCGCACGCACCAUGAAGGCCUAGACAACACACACGACGGUGGGAAUAAGUUGUCUGGAUGUAGCUUCAAGCUUGUGGAUGUGGCGAGUGGGGAGGUGCUGGCGACGUUUGCGAGUAAUCGGUUCAAGAGCUGGAAGAAAUUGGGUAAGUUCACGUUUCGGGCGGAUCUGGGCGAGGAGUGGACGAUGAUGUGCCUGGUGACGUGUUUCGCGCUGGUCGAGAAGAGCAGGCGGAGGAGUCGGGCCAGGAGGAGUAAUCCGGGUGCUUACGGCGGUGGGUAG